AAAGUUGAGCUGAUUAGGGGCUUUGGUUAUCAGUAGAAGCGGGAGUAGUGUACAAGGCGGGCGUGCAUCGUGCCGUGGUCGUAGUCAGUCGCGCGUGAGUUUCCAGCACGAGUGCAACCUCGGAGAUGGAGCAGAACGGACAGGUUACGGAAACCUCAAUGGUUAUCGUAGAGAACGGCGAAGAGAUAGUCAAAGUUAACAAAAUGCAAAUGGUCAAUGGAGGCAGCCAACCACUCAACGGUCCGGACCAAGUAUUGCCCGCUGACGACUACCAAACCUGGAUCCCGGAAGGGCGCGUGAAGCUUCGCCUGGCGCCGCGAGGGGUCGCCGGCGAGCCCCCGAUAUCCGUGCCGGGCCUCCUGCGACAGACCGCCGCCAGAUACCCCGACAGUCCUGCGCUAUGUACAAAGAAAGAUGGGAAGUGGCACAAAAUCACGUAUAAGCAGUACCUGGAACGAGUAAGGACAGUCGCAAAAGCAUUCCUCAAGCUCGGUUUAGAGCGAUUCCACUCCGUGUGCAUACUUGGCUUCAACUCCGAACAAUGGUUCGUGGCAGACUUGGCAGCUAUUCACGCAGGAGGUUACGCAGCGGGUGUCUACACGACGAAUUCGGCGGAAGCAUGCCUGUAUUGUCUUGAGAAGUCGCGAGCGAAUAUUUGCGCGGUACAGGACAAAAAGCAGUUGGACAAAAUCCUAUCGGUCCGCCAGAAAUGUCCGACGCUCAAAGCUAUUAUACAGUGGGAGGGCCCCGUCGACAGUUCAAUACCUGGACUGUACAGUUGGGAACAAAUAUUAGAAAUAGGACAAAAGGAGCCAGAUGGACCGCUAGACAAUAUUCUGAGGAGUAUCGGUGUCAACGAGUGCUGCACUAUAGUCUAUACGUCCGGAACCGUAGGUCCCCCGAAGGCCGUGAUGCUGUCACACGACAACCUGACGUGGGACGCGUACUCCAUCUCGCAGCGAGCCGGUGACAUCCAGCCGACGGUCGACAGUCUCAUCUCCUUCUUGCCACUCAGUCAUGUUGCUGCUCAGGUGGUGGACAUAUACCUAACCUUGAUGAACGCCGUGACGGUGUACUUUGCCCAACCAGAUGCACUCAAGGGCAGCCUGAUUGACACACUGAAGGAUGUUCGCCCUACCAGACUAUUAGCAGUACCUCGGCUAUGGGAAAAAAUGUACGAGAAAAUGAUGGCCGUCGGCGCCCAGAGCGGAUCCCUGAAGCGAUGCAUCGCUGUUUGGGCCAAAGAGAAAGGGCUGAAGUACCACCUUGGCAGGAUUGAAGGGGCCUUAUCAGCCGGCAUGAGAGGCCUCCCCAUAGAGUUCACCACCCUCGAAAUGUUACAGUAUUGGCGUGACGGCAUGACUCUAAGUUACAAAAUGGCGCUGAUGGUGUUCAGCAAAGUGCGAGAAAACCUAGGACUAGACCGAUGUGUCACGUUUGUGACGGCCGCCGCUCCGCUGUCGGCAGACAUCAAGAAAUUCUUCUUGUCACUGGACAUCCCUAUCAUGGAGGCGUUUGGCAUGAGCGAGGGCUCUGGCGCGCAUUCGCUGAGCAUCGAUCCCAAGUUCAACCUCACCUCAGUGGGCGAGCUGCUAGAAGGCACAGAAACCAAGUUCGAAGGGUCGAUGUCUCAGAAUGGCCCUGGUGAGAUCCUGAUGCGGGGUCGCCACGUGUUCAUGGGAUACCUUGGCGACGAGGAGAAGACACGCUCGACCAUCGACAGCGACGGCUGGCUGCAUUCUGGUGACGUCGGCAGAGUCGACAGCCAUAACUUCCUCUACAUUACUGGCAGGAUAAAGGAACUGUUGAUCACCGCCGGCGGUGAGAAUGUGGCCCCAGUACUCAUCGAGCAGACGGUACAAGCGGAGUUACCUCACGUCGGGUACGCGGUUCUUAUCGGCGACCGACGCAAGUUCCUAUCGAUACUUCUUACGCUCAAAUGCAAAGUUGACAAUGAGUCUGGGGACCCUCUGGACGAGUUAGACCCGGUGACACAGAAAUGGGUGGAAAGCUUGGGAAGCAAAGCCAAAAGCCUCCGAGAGAUUUCAAAAACCAAAGAUCCUCUUGUGUCCAAAGCAAUUGAAGCCGGCAUAGUGCGAGCAAACAAACAGGCGAUUUCAAACGCACAAAAAAUCCAGAAGUUCUCCAUUUUGCCGGCGGACUUUUCCGUUAACACAGGAGAGUUGGGACCAACACUAAAAAUCAAGCGUAACGUGGUAUACGAGAAAUAUUACGACAUCAUCGAAGACUUCUACAAGGACUGAUAAUUGAUAGCAAGGCUACUUGAACACGAGUAUCUUACAGGGGAUUACUAGUUAACAAUUAUAUUUAUUAUUAGACAAUAACAGGACUUAAGAGUGGUGCUAUUCUUAUCUGAGAUAUAGGGAACUAGCGAGAUAACAGUUGCGGGACAGCUACUUAACAGAUAAAAUAGAUUCAAGACAUAAUAUAAGAGUACAGUCAAGGAAUAGGUGUAUGAUUAUUUACUAUAAUUUGCGUUGAAGCUUUGGAGAUUUUAGAAGUACGCGGAAGGGCUUGCUUCGAAGUGCUUUUCAAGUCCUCAAAUCUUGUCGCAGAUUAAUCUUACAUGACCUCCUAAGGCUGAUUGGCCUAUCUUUAAAACUUGUGCAAUAAUGUUAAAAAAAAUUCAAUUGAAACAGAGUUGCAUUUGUUUGGUUCGUUAGAUUUUCAAACGAAGUAAAUUCAACUUUGUUUCCUACACUAUAGUUUUAAGUUUCUAAUAAAUGUUAGGUUUUUUAUUGUUUAUCUGGGCUUUAGGAGGCUAGGAUAAGGACGUCAAAUGAUUGUCGACGAUAAAUUAUAUUAAAUGUUUGCUCAAAUAGGGACACGUGGUAUGACUGGAAUCAUUGUGAUGUUAAAAAUUUAUUGUUAAAUCGAAAUCAAAUUAUAUUUUUAUAAGUAUAAAUAUAUACUAUUUUGAAAA